AUGGCGUCCGAACCAGACCCAGAGGAUAUCAGACUACUUGUCGACGCCAUCAAAAAUCGUAAAAGAUUCCCCCGCUCACUCUGCGGAGCACUACGAGCAGCCAAAGAAGCCAGCCAUGAAACAAUAGGACGGAUCUUCUUCGAUUGUGGCGGGCCAUCGACAUGGGCUUCCUACUUCCUAGUUUCAGAGUCCACGAAGAAGUCUGGUCAUGUCUCUGGGAGGGGUAGGAAGCAGCGCCUGAUUGCAAAGAUGGAGAACCAAUCCGUUGAGGACAGGCGAGCAUUAGCGAGGCAUCUAACAAUAGCUUUGGAACCCAGCCGAGCACAAAUUGAACGCGACCUCGAGACAGCGAUCCAUCCUGCCCGCCGCAGUGGACAACGGCAAUUCAGUAUAGAGAGUUUCCCAACAGCUAGAUAUCACGCUGAUUCUCCUGAUACCCCGACACUUGGCUCGCCGGCACGGGCAUCUGACGUUCAACCCAUUGCAGCCUCGCCGCGCUUCCGCGGCGACUUGUCACCAGCUCCACAAGCGAUGGAUUUACGGAACAUGGCACAAUACUUUUCAGAGCCAGGGCAGGCCCUCGUUCAAGCUGUCAUCCCGGAAUGCACGCGGCUCUUCCCAUCUUACCUUGCCGGAUCGAUUAGGAGAUAUCCCCUUCCAGACAAUGCCGACGUCAUCACCGCAGCUGUCUCUAUUAUGCUGCCCCGUCCCGGGUGGCCAGGGUGCCCCAUGAGGAUCGAGGUGGUUGGCUCGAAGGUUGACCACAUUGCUCAGGAGUUGUUUGACGUACACCUGGAGGCGGAGGGCGGCUGUCGAUACAUAUACCUGCCAGGGGGGUCCACGGUUGCUCCCGACCCGCACCUCGUCCUGAGGCAUUGCCGCCUGGAUCGCCUCCACCGCUUCUUCGGCGCUCGUGUAGCCGAUGCCAUCCGCACAACGCCGACAUUCCAGAUGGAUAUCAAGGAGGGACGUGACCACACAGUCUGUGUCUCGAUGGUGAUUCCCUCUGCUGUGGACGAUACUGGUGAAAUCUACGCACUGCUGUGCCAAAGCGAUACAGCGUUGCUCAGGGAGAGCUUAUAUUUCUGA